CCCAUCUCCUCAGGCUCCCAGGAAUCCCAUGGCCCCAGUAGCCCUGUUUUUUCAGUCCCCCCAGCCUUAUACCCCAAGCCAAGGAUGGGGGCUCAGCCUGCUGCAAUUGUAACCCCUGGGGUCAACGUGACCUUGAGGUGCCAGGCACCUCAACCUGCCUGGCAGUUUGCACUCUUCAAGUCUGGAGAGAUCACCUCUGUGCUGUACCGGGAUGUGUCCAUGGAGCUGGCAGAGUUCUUCCUGGAGGAGGUGACCCCAGCCCAGGGGGGCAGUUACCACUGCUGCUACUGGAAUCCAGGCUGGAAUCUGGGUGUCUGGUCCCACCCCAGUGAUACGUUGGAACUGCUGGUGACAGACCAGCUGCCACCCCCGUCGCUGGUGGCGCUGCCCGGGCCGGUGGUGGCGCCCGACGCCAACGUGAGCCUGCGCUGCGCCGGCCGCCUGCGGGGCAUGAGCUUCGCGCUCUACCGCGUGGGCGUGGCGGCCCCGCUCCAGUACCGCGACUCGGCCGAGCCCUGGGCCGACUUCCCGCUGCGCGGCGCCAGCGCCCCCGGCACCUACAGCUGUUAUUACCACACGCCGUCCUCCCCGUACGUGCUGUCGCUGCGCAGCGAGCCGCUGCUCAUCAGCGCCGACGGCUCGGGCUCCUUGGACUACAUGCAGGGCAACCUCGUCCGCCUGGGGCUGGCCGGCCUGGUGCUCAUUUCCCUGGGCACACUGGUUGUUUUUGACUGGCGCAGCCAGAGUUGUGCCCCAGGCAGUGUCAGUCCCUGAGCCCCAGAGGACUGGACACAGAUGCCUCGCAGUGUGAGAAGACUUCCCAGAGACAGCGAGAAGAAACAGGGAUUCCUGGUGUUGGACUGGUCCCACAGUCCCCCUGGCUGAGCUCAGCUUCUGGGUCAUAAUAAGCUUCGUACUGUGUGCUCUAGCUCCCUUCUGGGUCAUUCCUCUAGUGCAUCAAUGGAAAGCUGUCUCCGUGGUUAAGGCUUCCUAGUCUCGAGGCCUGGGUUCGAAUUCCAGGGCCGCUGCUCACUCACUGCAUUAUUAGGAAAGAGACCUUUCCCAAGUCUCAAUUGCCUUGAAUGUAAAAUGGGCUGACUGAUAAUACCCACUUAAUAAUCUUGUAGGAUUAAGUGGGCAAUACACAUGAAACCCUUAAAAGUGACUGGCCCAUAGUAAAUGCUCAAUAAAUGUUAGCUAUCCUAUAACUGCGGUUUCUACCAGAUGCUCAAGGCUGGAAUGUAGUCCCCCCCCCACCAUUGCGCAUGCUCCAGCUGAACUUUUCAGCAAUUCACCGCCAUUUCCUUCAUGCCCCCCAGCCUCUACUUCUCUCUGAACUUCUCUCCCCCUUCGCCUCCCCCCGUCCUUGGUCGACAAGCAAACCUCUUCCAAACCCCUCCUCAGACCUUCUGACCUCGGUAGACCAAGAUCAGAUCAAGGAGAACUUCUUCCCUGUUUAAAGCUUCAUUUGUGUGCAGUGCAGGCUGUUUUCUUGAACCGUCAUUAUGAUUAAGUGGAGUUCGUUGCCAAGGCAACAGCAAGUGCAGUGUGUGCAGUCGAGCACUGACCUGGACAUUUAUACAUGGCACCUGGCCUGCUUCCCACGGGUUCUUGGCUGCCUUCACAGUUGUAAAGCUAAUGCAAACCAUUCCCCAGUGCAGCCCGUUUGCUCUCCCCUCUUGCCUCUCUUUCUGGAAGGCCUGACUACAUUCAGUUUCUCCUGAGUUUAGUAAUUUAACUUCUAUUUUAAUCUUGGUAACCCGGAUGCCUUUAUCAUCCUCAUACACACAUACACACAUUUUUCUGUCUCUAAGCACUUCUUACCACACAACACUUGUGUUCCCUUCUUGCUUAUGCCUAAUUUUGAUGGAGCACACAUCCUCUUCUAUUGUUACUAAGUUUUCCACCUUCCCCUUCUCCUCUUCCCACUCUAUGAAGGAGAGGAUGCCUUCCAUUUUUUGGACAACCCCAGCUCCAUCACCCACCAGGGGGAUAGCCUUGAGCAAUUUACAGACCCUCCUGAAUUUUUAUCCCUGAAAGAGGAAACUAAAAAUAUCUACCACGUUGGUUUGAGAUAAUCAAACAGGAUAACUUGUCCCCAACAUGUGGAGAGAGAUCAUAAAAGCUCAGAUCAGUAGUUUUAAUCUAUCCCACCCCCCCUUUUGGGGAGACAUGAUUAGGAAGCAAAGCUUACAUCACAGCCCUGUACACACAUCCAUUUACAUCUAUAAACUAGAAUUCAAGUUCUAUGAAGCAAUAUUCACUUCUACUAUUUUAUUAUGAUCUAUUUUAUUAAAAAUGCUGAUCAUGA